CAUCCACACCAUCACUGGUCUGCCCUGAAGCCACUCGUACCAUUCAGCCUCAGAUCAACUGAAACAUCAGCUGCGUCUCUGACAACAUGAGGACUGUCUUCAUCACUUCUCUUCUGGCUCUAGCACUCAUCAUCUCAGCCAGUGCUGCCCCACGUUCUGUCACUACAUCAGCAUGCUGUCCAGAUGUCUACAAUGGCACUAUUCCAGCAAACAGGGUGGCCUCUUAUGCCUCAACCAGGAGCGACUGUGCCAAGAAAGCUCUUGUGUUCACAACAGUGAUAGGAAAAGAGUUCUGCGUGGACCGAGACCAGAAAUGGGUGAAGAGAAUUGUUGACAAGCUGGAUGGGGGAGCUGAGGCCACACCAUGAAAGAACAGCAUCUCAGAUGCCACUACAUCUCGACUGUGACAGAGCAAUAUCAGCAGCUGUUAGUGCUGAUCUGACAGCACAGCAGAUAGGCCUAAUGUCAUCAUCUGACUUGAAUAUGUUUUAGUUGAUGAAAUAGGUCAUUUGUCAGUUGUG